GCCGUGCUGAUAACUCUGUUGCCGUUGUUCGAGACGCGCGAAAGUUUGUGCGCUCUUUACGAAAACUUGAACCAAGUGUUUAUCAUGUUUUAGUGUGAUGUGCGAUUAUUUUCGUAAGAUAACUUAAGCAUGAGAAUUUAAUUUGUGUACAACCCUGUGUAGUGCGUUUUUGGGAUUUAACGAACUUUUUUCAAAGGACACGAUGGAUUCCAGCACCCGGUUUUCGUGCUUCAUUUUACUAGGAUUAAUAAUAUGUGUCAUGGUGAGAGCCGAUGACGUCACGCGAGACACAAGAGAAAAGGAAGAUGUCACUUUGGAAUGCAGAUUUUCCUUGCAAUCGGAGAAAACGCUUUUUUAUUGGACCAAACAUAUCAAAGAAACCCAUGACAGCGUUGCCAUUGGCAGCGAACCACUCGACAACAAUUACAAACUAAAUUAUCAACCAGAAAAAGGCAUCUAUGAUCUCCUGAUCUCCAACGCAAGCUACGAUCGAGAUAAUGGAAAGUUUGAGUGCAAAGUCAAGGUGGCCGGUUCUGGAGAGACCAUCCACGUUCAACGUUACACUUUGACUGUACUGACAGCCCCGCAAGAACCCCAAAUAGCCCCCAGUCCACAUGUAACUGUGACAGAAGGAAAAAGACAGGAAUUGACAUGUUCCAGUCUCGGGGGUUCCCCCGAUCCUCAGGUCAAAUGGUACAGAGAUGGAUCUGUGUACCCACUGGAGGCUUCUUUGAAAAACGGCGGGUCCAGAGAUCAACCGACGACUGCAACACUCAGUAUAACCCCGACAAAAGACGACGACGAGGCUACAUUUAGGUGUGAAGUUUGGAAUCGGGCUCUUCCAGACGACAAAAAAAUGAUCUCGACAGUCGUACUAAGCGUCAACUACUUUCCACGCGUUGAAGUAGGCCCUGAAAACCCACUGCGUAUUGAGAGAGAUUCAAUGGCGACUUUGCAAUGUUCCGUGGAUUCAAAACCAAAGGUAUCAAGCGUUAGAUGGACAAGAAAUGGACGUUUUAUAAGCGGAUCCGAGAACCACGUUAUUCACCGCGUUAGUAUACAAGACGCUGGGAAAUACUCUUGUAGUGCUGAUAACGGUUUAGGCAAAGUUGGCGAAAAGGAAAUGGCACUUGAUGUUUUAUAUGGCCCUAUUGUAACUCUAGAAGCUAAAACGAAAGAAGCUGAGGAGGGAGAGAGUGUCUUUAUUAAGUGUAAUGUUUCAUCAAACCCAAGCCCUAUGAUAAUUGAAUGGGUUAAGGAUGGUAAACCAGACUUCAGACAAGUUGGAGAUACGUUGAGAUUGAGCCAUGUUACUGCAGAAAACGCUGGUACUUACAUAUGUAGAGCCGUUAAUAUUAUAAGCCCCAGUUCAGUUCCUAUUAGAAGAACUGAAAAGAUCGGUAAUGUUUCAAUAGCUCUACUUAUUCGUCACAAGCCCGGUAAGGCCAGAAUAAUGCCCGACAAACCAAUAGCAACUGAAGGAUCAGCGGUUACUUUGACGUGCACGGCCACGCCACCAGGCUGGCCUCUACCGCAAUACAGAUGGUUUAGAAUUGGCUCAGACGGACAAAACACUAUUCUCGCCACUGGGACAAAAUACACGAUAGCUAACGCUAAUUUGGGUACUGAGGGGGUUUACAAUUGUCAAGCCACCAACGAGUUGGGACCUGGGGAGAUGGCGUCGGUCAACUUGGAAGUCCACGUUCCUCCCAGCAUCAAACUAAAGUUGAAACCCGCUGAGACUAAGAGAGUUGGAGAUCAAGGAUUCUCAGUAGCUUGUAACGCAAAAGGAAAACCGAGACCCAUGGUACGUUGGCUGAAAGAUGGCGAAGAACUAACGCCAGAUGCUAAUAUGUACGAAGUCAAAACCGAGUUCACUGAAAGCAAUAAUGGCGCAACAACCGUUCAAAGUAUAUUGAAAUUCCAUGGAAAUGCUCGCCCAAAUAAUAAUGAAUUAUUACCAUCUGAUAGAGGUGUAUACGCUUGUUCUUUUGAAAAUGAAGUAAGAAGAUCUGAAUCCACAAUGCAUUUGAAAAUAGAACAUGAACCAAUUGUUUUACAUCAAUACAACAAAGUCGCUUACGAUAUUUCCGAAAUCGCUGAAGUCGUAUGUAGAGUCCAAGCUUACCCCAAACCAGAAUUUAAAUGGUUCUUUGGCACUAACUUAUCCCCAUUACACUCAUCAUCUGAAGGGCACUAUGUAGUUCAAACUAAAGCAGACGAAAACGAUAUUUACACAAGCGUUCUAAAAAUAUCAAACAUCAAAAAGUCAGACUACGGUGAAUACAACUGCCAAAUAGUGAAUAAUCUUGGUGAUAUACAGACCAAGAUUAGGUUGCAACCUAAAGGACCACCAGAAAAGCCUACAAAAUUAGUUUCGUUACACACAGGACAUAACUUUGUCACUUUAGGAUGGGAACCCGGUUUUAACGGCGGUAUUUUCAACACCAAAUACUUUGUAUCCUACAAGAAGAUUUCAAGUGAUGAUGAUAUUAUUGUUGAGGGUUGUGGAAUGGUGACCAAAACUACGGAUUGGUCUGAGGUCGAUUGCCAACAAAAUGUACCAUGUAAUGUUUCGCAUUUAGAGCAGCAUCAAAGCUAUCUCUUUAAGGUUAAAGCUUUAAACACUAAAGGAAACAGCGAAAAUUCCCAGGAAAUCAAAGUAACAACUCGCGUAGACAGGAUACCAGUACCACAACGUGUCUCCUAUAACAGAGCCUCGCAUACUUUAGCCAUUAACGUGCCAGCCACUUGUCUGCCAUUGAUUGCCAUAGUAGAAUCAGUUGCUAACGAAAACCACCCAAUAACAGCGUGGCAAGUAAUUGAUACCCUCCCACUCCAAGUAUCUGGUUUGACACCUACAUACAAGGAGAAGAAUUUGGAUGAAAAUAAUAGAAGAUCCUCUGGAAGAGCUUUAGUUGAUGAACCUAUUGGUGUUAAUGAUGAAUACAAUCCACGUUUGAGGGUUAAGCUUUGCUUAAGGACACAUCAUGACCUCUGCGGGGAAUUUGUGGAAGCUGAAUUUGGUUACGCUCAUAUACGUGAAGCGUCAGCCUUAACCACACCAACUCUAAUCGCCAUAGUAAUUUCAUGCAUAGUAUUUUUACUCUUCGUUGGACUUCUCUUGAUCUUCUGUAGAUGCAAGCGCAACCAAUCAAAGAAAUCUCAACAAGCUAAAGACUACGAAAUGGAUUCAGUUAGACCAACGAUUGUUCCUCAACAAAAUCAAGCGCCACCACCAUAUUACCCAUCGACUGGUAUGGACAACAAGGCGUUGGAACAUUCUUUAGAUUUGGCUUUAGCCAUGGAGGAUCAGAAGACUGUAUAUGCUACCCAAAAUGGUUAUGGUUAUCAUGUAGCUAAUCAGGAUAUGCCUCAACGGCAGAAUGUCAACAAUGGAGACUGGGCAAACAUGGGUUAUCUAGAGAACAGCUACUCAAACUCCAACAACGGAGGUUCAGUAAACUCACAAGACUCUCUAUGGCAAAUGAAAAUGGCGGCCGCUUCCACGAACUCUAACAACCAAUUGCAGCCACAUCAUAUGAACGUCGACCGUCAGAAUUCGUACGGUUACGAUCCGAUCACGCAUGGCGGUUACGGCGCAGUCGACGAUUACGCACCCUAUCCUCAUAUCACUACCCAGAGCAACCAUGGCGACGAUUAUAACAUGCGCAACAGUAACAAUCCGUCCAGACAAGACUACUGCAGCGACCCCUAUGCGGCUGUGCACAAGCCCAAGAAGCGUAUCGAACAACAUAUCGAUUCUCCAUACCACGACGUAUCUGGCCUACCAGACCCGUAUCUUGAGCAAAUGGUGGAGGACGAGAAGCCCCCGCAACACAUGUCCUUGAACUACGAGGAGAGUCUCGAAAGUGGUUAUUCGACGCCUAACUCGCGGACGAGGCGCGUGAUUCGCGAAAUAAUCGUCUGAAACUUCGAAUACGAUAAAUCGAACAAGAACUAUGUCUAAAAGACAAAUCGAUGUGCUAACCCUCCCAUUAAUUAAUAAUAAUAAUAACUCUAUCUGCAAAUAUUUAUGAUUGAAUUUUAACAAAUUUAACACGGUUUCGUUAUGCAUUUCAGUUUUGUGUGUGGUGC